AUGUCGGAAAACGUUCAAGUCGCGGUGCGUGUUCGCCCGUUCAACGAGCGAGAAAAAUCGAUGGAGAGUACACCGUGCAUCCGCAUGGUGAAGGAGACACAGCAGACGAUCAUCACAGACCCCGAGACAAACAUCGAGAAGGCGUUCACAUUCGAUUACAGCUACAACAGUUUUGUUCCACCUUCCGAUCCAGCUCAUGCGUCUCAGCAGACUGUGUGGGAAGAUAUUGGUAUCAAGGUGCUUGAACACGCUUGGAAUGGCUUCAACGUCAGUUUGUUUGCGUACGGCCAAACGGGUAUACUACGAUUCCGUUAA